GCUUAAUUAACACGGUCGCGAAUCUGCAUUCUUGUUUCAUACCUGUCGGCCCACUGCCAUCUGUAGGCAUUCUAGUGACCUGCUUCUAGUGGCCGCCGUCACGUCCGCGCUCACGUCCAAGGCACGACGCCCUAAAAGGAACCCACUUUCGCGCUGAGCUCCCUUAUUACCGAUCUUCUCCACGCGCCCUCCGCACCAGAACCCACCUUUGGCACCUCUUUUCUACCCGCUCCCUCCCACUUUCACUCAUCAUCGUCCUCACUCAUUUACACGUUCGACUCACGCGAUAACAAUAAACAAGAACUUCACUCGCUGCUGGGUCCAUCAUGGCUACUGUCACUCGUCAACCAUUUGCUCCCCUUGACGGGACUCGUCUCCAGACCUUGACCAGUCUCAAGAAUAGGCAAAAUGCUUUGCCAACUGGUGGUAAACGAAAGGCUGAAUUGAUUGAUACCGAUGAUUCUGAAAAUGUCGAUCCUACUUCUUUUGCCAAGCGAUCAAAAGGUUCCAAGGACAAGGACAUCCUAAAGGACAGCAUCCUCAAGCCGUCUGCUUUUAUCCUCAAGCCUACUGCACCUGUAUCUGCAUCUCCCAUUCCUAAUCGCCUCACGAGUCCUACCAAGACCCGGCGCACUCUUCAACCUAAAUCACCCGCCAAACUCAGCUCUGGCAUCUCAAAGUCUUCUCCCAUUUAUGCUCCAGCUGGUCGAUCUCCCACACGAAGCAAGCGAUCUGGUAUCGCAUCUAGCCGACGACGCACUGCUGGUCCCUACACUCGGGUUGAUCCUCCUUCAUUCAGUCUUGGAUCUGCCGCUCCCUUUUCUCUCGAUGCUGCUCUCAAGGGUACUAUUCCUGGCUAUGGCGCCAAGAAGGAACCCAUCACUGCUCUGCAUGAACCAGACAUGAAGGCUAGCUGGUUCUUUGACAUUCACGAGGACACACCCGAACAAGAGAUGACCAACCUUCUUCAACACAGCACAUGUGUACUUGACAUUUCGUCCGACGAGGAGAGUCAACGGAAGCUCAACAGAGAUCGUGCAGAGGGUCGCGAUAAGGAAAAUGUUCCCCCUCCUGAUGACAUCUCUCAAACUCGUCGCGCACCAAAAGCUGAUGAGAUGGUUGUUGAGAAAGAGCGUGUCGCAUUGGGAGAAAUGAACACUGCCGACUUUUACGCUGAAGGAUGUGAUGAGACAUCUGUCAUUUUUGUACCUGAAGAUGAGCCAGAGGUGAAUGCGACUGCGACUGCCGAAAAGCCCAUCGAUCCUUCAACAGAAGACAUCGACAACCUAAUGGCCAAGCCCACAGAAGGCCCAAGCAAGGCUGCAGUUUUGGAACCAAUCGAAGGAACAGGAGAAAGUUUUGAGUUGUGGGAAAGCGGCAGCGCACAUGAUGAAGCUGUAUAGGCAUGAGGCAUGAACAAGUCAUGAAGUGUUAUGGUAAUGGAUAUGGAUGGAAUGAAUGAUGGAAUGGAUGGGUAUGGAUACGGAUGGAGGAGUUUGGCCGGCGUUCUUCUUCUUCUUUAGGCUACCAAGAGCUGGGGCUAUAGUUUUGUGAUUGCAUUAUUGUCUGAGUAUUAAUUGAUACCUGAAUGUCUGAA